GUCUCUCUUCCACGUUCGCGGCCUGCUGGCGACCUCAAGCCAUCACAAGCAUCAAGAACAGCCCAAAAUGACUUCGCGGAGGCUCAUUUCGGACGAGAAGACUUAUCUCGAUACCGACGAUGACAAGGACAGCUCCCAGCCAUCCAACAUUGCGCCUGCCGUGCCCGCGGCCGUCAUCUGGAAACUAUUAGGCUUCACCUUUGCUAUGAUCACGAUGCCAAUCGGGACAUAUUUUCUCACAGUGAAUACGGUUUUCAAGGGGAACUCCACUUUCGCAGGUGCAUUAGCGGCCAUCAUCGCCAACGUCGUGUUAGUGGGCUACGUGGUUGUAGCUAUGCGGGAGGACCAGUCCGAGAGGUUAGCAGAAGAGGAGAAGCAGAAGAAGGCAUUGUAGGGGUGGUGCUUAGGGACUGUAUAUGGCGUUCCGGCGAUAGGCAAUCGUAGUUCAUCUCAUAGGAACAUCGGAACAAGCUGCUUGUUUCACGCCAGCUUAAUUCAGACAAUAUGGUUUGCACGUCCCAACAUUAUGUAUUAAGAUCAUUCUCUGCAGCUGAAGACCGCCGCGAAUGAACAGAGACUUUGAUUGAUUC